AUGGAAGUUCGCGAAGAAGGUGGAGAAAAAUAUGAGUUUAGUGGCAUUAUUGCAGCCCAUCUUUCCGAUGUAAAAUGUAUUGUUGCAACCAAUUUAGGACAAAUAAUUUCCGGUAGUCGUGAUGAAUGCGUUAAAGUUUUCUCAGAAAGGAAUAAUCGUUACGUGGAGGACAUAUCAUUAACAAAUGUUGAAAGAUUAGCUGUUAAUGCAGUAGCAUUUUAUCUGUGUCCAAGAUAUGGAUGGUUAAUUUUUGCUGGUCGUAAAGAUGGCUCAAUUGCAGCAUAUACAGCCGAUAACGAUAAACCGAUACGUAUAUUACAUGAGCACAAAAUGAAUGUUUGUACGCUACAUGUUGAUGCUGAAAAUGGAAAAUUAAUGAGUGGUUCCUGGGAUAAUAAUGCAAUAAUUUGGCCAGUUCAGGAAAUCAUUAGCGGUUCGGAUUUUAAUGCAUUAUGUUUAGUGGGUCAUAGAUUAUCUGUUUGGGCGGUCGCGUCCAUACCUGAACGACCCGACUUUUAUCUCACUGGUUCAGCGGAUUUGACAAUUAAAUUUUGGAAAGGUGACAGUGAAGUAAACUCAUUUUGUGGUCACGAAGAUGUUGUGCGAUCCCUUGCAGUAUUAUCGAAGCAUAAAUUUCUCUCGGCUGCCAAUGAUUUCACGAUUCGUUUAUGGGAUAUCGAUUCUGGUGUUUGCCUCCAAAGAUAUAGUUCCUUAGGUGGAGAAUAUAUAUACAGUUUGGCAUAUGCUAACGUAUCAGGGAAUAAUUUAAUGGCUAAUUCUGGUGAAGGUGGUUUCUUGGAAAUAUGGGAUGUGAGUGAUGAUGGUUCAUUGACUCACAAACAAUUGAUCAGGACACCAGCGCAAAGUCUUUGGUCCCUUACUUUCCUAAAAAAUGGUGACAUCGCAGUUGGUGCUGAUGAUGGCAACAUUUAUAUUUUCUCUACUGUUGCAAAUCGAAAAGCAGAUGCUAAUACGACAGGAUCAUUCCAGUGUGCUGUUGCUAAGAAAAUUGCCGAAGGAGAAGCAAUUCUGGUUGCUCAGCAGAAUGAAAUAGUUAAAAUCAAAGUAGCAUUGAAUGACGGAGAACCACAUAUCGAGUUACGAUAUAAAAAAGGAUCAGAUCCAUAUGUUGCUGCACAAACGUUUUUGACGGAGAACAACUUACCUGCAUCAUAUAUGAAUGAAGUUGCGCAAUAUAUUAUCGAGAAUAUACCAGAAGCACGUCAAGCAACUAACAAGAAAAUCACCCAAUCACAGUCGGCUCAAAAAGAAUGGGAUUAUGUAUUUGAUGUAACAACCGAAGAUGGGCGAGUUUUGAAAUUACCGUACAACGUGGGUGAAGAUGCAAACUGGGCAGCGCAACGUUUUAUUGAAAAACAUAAUCUUCCCAUAAAGUUUUUAGAGAAAGUUUCUACGCUUCUUCGGCUUCAAGUUCCAGGGACAUUUGACAGCGUUAGCAGUGGCAAUUUCACUGAUCCUUUCACAGAAGGGCGUUAUGUCCCUGGUGCAACCGGAAAUCGUCAAACUUCAAAUGGCGUAAGAUCUGUAGCAGAUCCUUUCACUGGUGGAAAUGCAUAUAUUUCAAAUUCUACUACAACGAUGUCAAAUGUUCGUUUGCCGAUCGAUAAAAAACGACCACGCAGUGAACUUGUCCCACUACCCCAUUUCUAUCAAUUUGGUAUCGAACAAGCUUCAACUAAAGCAAUUAUAAAGCUCACGGAGUUAAAUGAGAUGCAAAGUAAAUAUAAGUUAAACGAGGAGCAGUUGUGCGCUUUAGAAGAUAUUUUAAAAACCUCGACAUACGACCCACGAGAUAUUCAUGUCUCUGCAAUUGAUACAGGUUUUGGAUGGGAUAUGGAUACAAUUAUUCCUAUAAUGGAUGUAUUCCGUCUAGCACUUUUGAAUCGUACACUGAAUAGAAUUUAUUGUUCCUUGGAUGCAGAAGGCGAAAAGUCUCCCAGAGGUUUUCAAACAAUCCAGCGAUUGACUAAUUUUUUAGUAAGCGCGAAUUCUGACCCAAUUCGUAUUUUGGCAUGUCGAGCGAUGGCCAAUGCUGCUAUGCAUCAGUGGGGUCGUUCAAUGCUGAUUCAUGAUGUGAACAUAACGGUUAAGUACGUUGCAGCGCAGUUGAAUAGUACAAAGCAUGCCUUGCAACUUGCGGCAACAACAGCCUUAGCAAAUUGGGCGUUGAUUUUGUUACGCCAUACAGAAUCUGGAAAGAUAGCUGAACUUGGUCCACGAGAAGAUGCCUUACGAGCUAUUAUUCAGGUCAUCGAAAAUAUCGUCAGUUUCGGUGAUUUCAAUCAAAUAGCUUUAAUACGACUUCUUCAAGCAAUCGUAACAUUGAUGUGGGGCGAUGUUGCUGUUAUUCAACUGGCCAAAGGACGGGAUAUCAUUGGAAUAAUGAAUCGAAUUAAAGAUGCCGUGGUAGAUGAAUCUGGAAAGGCAAUUGCAAGAGAUAUCACUGAAAUGGCAUAUUCAUUGUGA